GCAGCAGCAGCAGCAGCAAGAAACAUCAACGUCACCUCCUGGCUCCUAGCGCUCCUGAACGAGGGCAUCCUCCUGCCCUUCUUUUUGCAUUCCGUGGCAACGAAGCCGUUGCCUCUCGCUGCAUCAGGCGUCUUAUCAGCUGCCACAGACAAUACUGCUGUUUCUGCAUCGCCCUGUCUUCCUCCCUCAGCUGCCUCUUCGCUGCGUCACCACGACGAGCACGCGGAUAAUGCUGCGAACAUGACGGUCUCGUUAUUGCAGUCGACACCACCGCAUCUCGUGGUGUUCUCGCUGCUGCAGACAUUCGCGUUUCUGCGCUUCGUAAACUUCUGGCAACAUCUGCAGCCUUCCACCGUCAUGCACUUCAAUGCGGUCGGUGUCUGCACGCGUCGUGUGCAAGAGAGAGAGAGAGCAGCACACCAGAAAGCCACCGUGAUGCCGGCACAGGAAGAAACUUGCUUGAAAAUUUUUGAAAACAUCAACUGCUUGCUGAGUGAGUGUGCGCUUGUCUGUGCAGGCGUCUAUGAAGAGUGCACUGUAGUGGGUAGCUCUGUCAAGCCGGCUGCGUUGCUGAACGCUUUGCAGUAUCUGAUUGUGCUGGGAAAAGACACCAGCGGGGAAACUGCUGCCGACCAGGAGACGAAUGAACUCCGUCUCCUGAGACGCUGUCUCAAGGCGCACUGGCCCUCAGACUGA